AUGGUCUCCGUCACGCUCCUCACGUCGGGCGCUCCGCGCAACGCGUGCAAGGCCACAAUGCUUGAUUUUGACGGCGAGAUCCGCGUGUUGGCAGACCCCGGGUGGGACGGACUGGACCCCCGCGACGUGCUCUUCUUGGAAAAGCACCUCGGCGCCGUGGACCUCAUGGUGCUCUCGCAGUCCACGCCCGAGCACAUCGGCGCGUACGUGCUUCUCUGCGUGCACUUCCCCAUGCUCAUGGCCGCCAUCCCCGUGUACGCCACGGUGGCCGUCAGCCAGUUGGCGCGUGUCGCCACCGUCGAGUUCUACCGCGCGCGCGGCGUGUUGGGCCCCGUGGCCCUGGCGCUCGUGGAGGUGGGCGACGUGGACGAGUGGCUCGACAAGGUGGUGCUGGUCAAGUACCGCCAGAACAUGGCCAUGCUUGAGAACCGGCUCACGGUGACCGCGUACAACUCCGGGCACACGUUGGGCGGUGCGUUCUGGCUCCUCGCGCGGCGUGCGGAGCGCGUCGUGUACGCGCCCAGCUGGAACCACCUGCGCGACUCGUUCUUGAACAGCGCGGGCUUCCUCUCGCCCAGCACGGGCGCGCCAGAGCCGGCGCUCGUGCGGCCCACGGCGCUCGUCACGGGCGCGGGCGUGGGCUCGUCCAUGCCGCACCAGCGGCGCGCGGAGAAGUUCUUGCUGCUCGUGGACGCGACGUUGGCCAACGGCGGCGCGGUGCUCUUGCCCGUGGCCAUCUCCGGCCGCUUUCUUGAGCUCGUGCACAUUGUGGACGAGCACUUGGCGCGGCUCCCGGGCGCCGCGGUGCCGGUGUACUUCCUCCUGUACUCGGGCACCAAGGUGUUGAGCUACGCGGGCAGCCUCCUCGACUGGAUGUCCGCGCAACUCGCCAAGCAACACGAGGCCCAGGCCGCGGACGCCCGCGCGUACACGCAGGUGCCCUUCGAGCCGGCCAAGGUGGACUUGCUCCUGGACCCGCGCGAGCUCGUGCGGCUCCCGGGCCCGAAGAUCGUGUUUGCCUCGGGCGUGGACCUCGCGCCGGGCGACCUCUCCGCACAGGCCAUGCAGUGGCUCUGCCAGGACGAGAAGCUGACGCUCAUUCUCACCGAGAAGACGCCGUGCGGCGCCAGCGACCCGGUGGCCGCGCGGCUUUACGCGCAGUGGCACGCGCUCGCGGCCCAGAAGAACGGCGGCCUGCCCGAGGACGGUGUGCCCGUGCCGCUCGAGCAGGCCGUGGCCACGGACUUGUGGCCCGCGGAGGAGCCCUUGGCCGGGCGCGAGCUCGCGGACUUCAAGGCCCGCGUGGCCGCUGCCCGCCGCCAGAAGCUCUUGGCGAAGGUGCGCGACACCAAGAACAAACACAUCUUGGCCGCGGAGGACGACUCGCUGUCCGAAGACGAGCCUUCCAGCGAGGACGACGCCCCGGAGAAGCCUGCCGCCGCCGAGUCUGCCGCGCCCUCCGCCGCCGCCGCGCCUCUUCCUGCCGCAGACGUGCUCCCGGGCCACGAGGUAUUCGUCGGCGACUACAUCUCCGAGAGCUUACGCACGAACAAGCCCAUCGACAUCCGCGUGACCGUGCGCAUGCGGCCCAAGCAGCUGAUGUUCCCGAUGCCCGUAUCUGGCAAGAAGCGCAAGGUCGACGACUACGGCGAGGUCAUAGACACCAAGGACUUCCUGCUGGCCGACGACAACUCGGCCAACAACAAGCUCAUCAGCGAGAGCAAGCGCAAGUUCGAGCUCCAUGACAAGGGCCGGUGGGGCGAGCGAGACGAACGCCGCCGCCGCGGGCCCCGCCACGGACAGGACCGCAAGCUGGCCGCCAGCAAGAACAAGCUCACCCCGCAGGAGGUCUUGAACAACGAGGUGCUUCAACGGAACCUCGACGCGCUCUUCCGGCCCGUGAAGCGCGUCACGCCGCACGACCUCGGGCGCCCGCUGCCGCCGCUCCAAUUGCGGUGCGGGCUCUCGUUCGUCGACCUUGCGGGCCGGGUGGAUGUGCGCUCGCUCGUGAUGAUCGUGUCUGUGUUGCGUCCGCAAAAUGUUGUGUUGCUCCCGGACGCAUCAUGCUCGCCGGGCGCCGACCCACUCAUGGACGGGCGGCGCUUGUUGCAGGCGGCGUUUUCCAAGCAGACACUGGAGCAGAAGAGCUCGGCCGCCAGCUCUGCGCAUUUGGCCACGUCGCGGUUCGGCGCGCUCACUGCUGGCCUCGGGGGCACGCCCCGGAGCCAGAGCUCGGAGAUGGCGGUGCGCGUGACGCAGCCCAAUGUGGUGGAGCAGAUUGGUGGCGACGGCGCCGGCAGGCUCAGGGAAUUCGAAGUGCGGCUUGACGAGCAACUCGACGCGCUGCUUGUAUGGCAGAAGCUCGCGGGCAACCACCGCAUCACGAAAGUGCAUGGUGAGUUGGGUGUCUACGAGCUGCAGCUCACGUUGAACAAGCAACACGCCGACACCUUGGCGCUCAGUAGCCAGUUCAUCUUGACGCCCGUUUCGCUGGUGGAAGACAAGCUGCGCCAGCUGCCCGUGCUGGCGGAUUCCGCCGGGUCGGGUGCCGGGUUCGGCUCCGGCUUGGCUAUCGGGAAUGUGCGGUUGCCGGAGCUCAAAAAGAAGUUGCUAGCGCUUGACAUGGCCGCUGAGUUCAAGGGCGAGGGCAUGCUCGUGGUGAACGACGAGGUGGCCAUUCGGAAGACCACCACGGGCGCAUACCAGGGAGAAGACACGGGCGACCUUGUGCUCGACGGGCACAUCGGCCCGCUCUACUACAGAGUGCGGGACUGUAUCAAGGAGAUGCUUGCGUUUGUGUGA